AGCUGAAAAAAGAGAAGGAAACUUGCUAGAGCCUUUUUCAGCAGCGCAGGAAGCAUCCCUGUUCCGCUCUCACCCCAGAAACCCUCCCGUACUCCACUACUCUGGGGGGGUGGCUGUCCCACACCCGUCGGGCGAUGAACAUCGCAAGGAGAAGAGGCUUUUACAGACAGGAGGUGAACAACACGCUCUGGGAGCUGCCCAGGAGAUACAUAUCCCUGCACCCGCUGGGCUCCGGGGCUUACGGCUCCGUGUGUUCAGCCAUAGACAAGAAGACAGGGGAGAAAGUAGCCAUCAAGAAGCUGUGCCGUCCAUUCCAGUCAGAGAUCUUUGCCAAGAGAGCCUACAGAGAGCUGAUGCUGUUGAAGCACAUGCAACAUGAGAAUGUCAUUGGGUUGCUUGAUGUCUUCACCUCCACUGCCUCCUACCAGGGGUUCCAGGACUUCUACCUGGUGAUGCCAUACAUGCGGACAGAUUUACAAAAGAUCAUGGGACAUGAAUUCAGUGAUGAAAAGAUCCAGUACCUGGUCUACCAAAUGCUGAAAGGGCUGAAGUAUAUUCACUCAGCUGGCAUCGUCCACAGGGACCUGAAGCCAAGUAACCUGGCUGUGAACGAAGACUGCCAGCUGAAGAUCCUGGAUUUUGGCUUGGCCAGACAGGCUGAUGCUGAGAUGACUGGCUACGUGGUCACACGGUGGUACAGAGCCCCAGAAGUCAUCCUGAAUUGGAUGCAUUACAACCAGACAGUGGAUAUCUGGUCUAUUGGCUGUAUCAUGGCAGAAAUGCUGACUGGGAAAACACUCUUUAAAGGAAAAGACUACCUGGAUCAACUGACCCAGAUCCUGAAAGUAACAGGGAAUCCAGGAGAGGACUUCUUGGAGAAGCUGGAGGACAAAGCGGCAAAGAGUUAUAUCAAGUCCCUUCCAAAAAUCCCCAAGAAGGAUUUGUCUGUGCUUUUCCCUAAAGCAAAUCCUCUGGCUGUGGACCUGCUGGACAAGAUGUUGCAGCUGGAUGUGGAAAAGCGUCUCACAGCAACAGAGGCCCUGGCUCACCCCUACUUUGACCAGUUCCGAGAUAUUGAGGAGGAGACAGAGGCACAACACUCCUAUGAUGAUUCUCUGGAACAUGAAAAGCUUUCAAUAGAGGAGUGGAAAACUCCCACUGGAUGCCUUUUUCUGCACAUCCAACACUCCAACUUUUGUGUCCUCUAAAAUCACACAUUCAUGGUUACUUUGUUCUGUUUUUCAAGAGCACGUUUACAAGGAGAUCUUGACCUUCAGUCCCAUUGCACGGAAGGAUUCAAAGAAAAGAAGCGGGAUGUCAUUAUAGCAAUGUCUGCACCUGUGCCUGGGACUCAAUUCUCCUUGAUGACAUCAAUUUCAUUCCACACUGCAUUGCUGGUGGCCAACUUUUGGCCUGUGGGAUCUCUCUCCACAUGCCAACACAAGGAUGACACUGUGCUGUGGACGUUGGACUUUGUUCUACUAAAGGGGAAGCACCCCAGAUAGUUUUCAACAUAAAAGACAAAUAUAUUCGUGUUGAAACUUUAAGUGGGAGAAUUUUACCUGGUGUUUUUUUUUUUUUUUUUCCCUGUACUUGUCCACUUAAGAGAGGAGGGGUUUAAUUCUUUCUCAUUAGUCUUUUCAAGCAGAGGGUUUAAUACAUUAAUUAUGGAUGAGGUAAAGAAGAAGGAAGUGAGUCCUAAGUAAAAGGACCACAAAUACUGAAUUUCAGCAUAACAAGACCUUAACUAAUCUCACUCUGGCUGUGUCCUGCUUCCUUGAGCAGUCACAGAGUUCCAGGGCACCAGGGGAUCAGCCUGUGUUCAGAGCAGCUACAAACUCAUCCUCUCAUCCUAUACAUACAAUUCUGCUCAAAUGCUUUCCCUCCAAAGAGCCACUGCCUCUUUUUUUUAAAUUAUUUUUUCCCCUGCUUAUUUCAUUCCCUGGGAUUUUGAUCCAUGCUGUCUCCUCCUCACUGCGGGCAGCAAAAAUAGCCUGGGAAUUCAAGGCCUCUUCCAAUAGUGUCAGACUGGGAGUCCUAAGCAGCUGCACAAGUUAGUUUGAAUAUGGAUCUUCAAGAAGUUUUUCAGCCUGUGCUGAAAACUGGAGUAUCUGCAGAUCCACAGCUUAUCAAUACAGUCACUUGAUCGUGCAGGCACAGCUGCUCCUUGCGAUAACACCUUUGGACUGCAGCACCUUCUUCCCUAUGGUGAUCAGGCACGUUCAGCCAAUCAUUCCAAACUCUAUGCCAAGGGAACUGUGCCCAGAGCCUUCUCUGUAUCAGAGCACAGAGCUUCCAGGACUAGAGAAAAGUAUUGAGAAGCUGAGAGAAAUAAAACAUGAAAGACUGAAUGAAGACCAGAAUAGCCAGUACUAAUUUGCUUUUCCACCAAAAGGAUGGACACUCACUGCACUAAAUGUACUUAUCAUGGAAUCGUUCAGGUUGGAAAAGGCCAUUAAGAUCAUUGAAUCCAAAUCUGCACUGAAAAUGUCAGAGUUUCCAGGUGAAUGGUGGUUUAGGGGAUGUUUUGCCUGAUUUCUCUCUACGAGGCCAUUUUCUGAGCACAUGAGCUUACACAGCUUUUAAUGUGAGGUUCAGCUGGUGCUGGCUCACAGCUGAUUCAGUUAGCUCUCCUUUCUUGUUGGAAUGCACUCCACUAAAUAAUACUGAAGGGUUAGUACAUUAUAUCUGCAACCCUCAUUGAUUUGCUGUUACAUGAAAGGGAGUUAGCUUCUUUUAGCCAAGUUCGGCUGGAAAAAUAAAAAUUCUCUUGCCAUAAACCAUCAUUUCAGAUCUGUCUUCAACUGAAAAAAAGUUUAAAAUUAGAGGGCAUUGAGAUUAAAAAAAAAUAAGGACCACUGAGGAGGUAGUGCUGGGUGCAGGUGUAACCUCUCAGAUGUUAGUGAGGCUGAAGAGGGUUAUAAAUAUAUACAUAAAAUUCCAGUGAAAAUACAUGGCAACUGAAGCUUAUCACUUUUGAGAUAUCAGGUUUAAACCUUUAAUGCACAAAUGACCUGUUCAGCAAUUGUUCUAAUUUCAGCAAUUCUGAAGAAAACAGCAGCAGAACAGCCAAAGAGAGAUAGAAACAUAACUCAGUUUUGAGGCUUAAUAAAUCAACAAAGAAAAGGGUCAGAUCUCAAUUCUAAAUGAUAAUUCUCUUCCCUUUUUAAGUAUGUCUUAUAUGCUUGAAUAAACAUGGAGAAAAUUGUAAUAUGAAUGAAGGUGCCUAACUCUGAGGUGUCUUGGCUGCUGCUUUCAUUUGAAGCAACAUCACUAAUUUUGCACUGGCACCCUUUAAAAACUGGGACAGCAAAGGAAUUGAAUUAAGCUGUGCCUCUGGGAUUUGAGAGAAGUUCAGGAUGCUUUUUCAAAUAAUGCAUUAGUUCCACAGCUUUGAUAUAAAACUAAAUGAUGAAUAACUUGUUUUGAUGUUCUCACACAUGGCCCUCAGCCAUCAGAGAUGUCUGGACAUCUCUGUGCACUAUUCAUCCCACUGUUCUUAAUAGGGAACCUAAUAUGAUUAUAAUAAGCUAAUUCCAGUGCAAAUUUAAGAGUAUAAAGUUUCAUAAUUGAGGUUAAAAAUGAAAGAGUUUGCAAAAGUUGGUCAUAUUUUAAAAAAGUAGAAAACAAAAAAAAAAAUCAAGGAAAACACAGUUAAAAUUCCCACAUAAAGAAGGAAAAUCACAGAAUGGCUUGGGUUGGAAGGGACUUCACAUCUGUGUGCAGUCCCCUGCUGUGGGAUACCUUUCACUAGAGCAGGUUACUUAGAGCUCCAUCCAACCUGGCCUUGAAGAAUUCCAGGAAUGUGGCAGCCACAGCUUCCCUGGACCUGUUUCAGUGCCUUAUCAGCAUCACAGUUUUCUUUUCCUGUUAGCUAAUCUACACCUCCUCUCUUUUAGAUUAAAACCAUUCCCCCUUGCCCUGUCCCUACAUGCUCUUGUAAAAAGUCUCUAUUCAUCCUUAUUGUAGGCUCCUUUCAGGUACUGAAGGGCUGCAAUUAGGUCACCCCAAAGCUUCUCUUUGCCAGGCUGAGCAAACCCAGUUCUCUCAGCCUUUAAAGUUACUCAUCAAUUAUUGAAAUUAUUUUAUUUACUGUUUAAAUGUAAACAGGAGUAAAUGCAGCUAUAGAUUGUUUUAGGGUUUAUCCUUCGUGGCUAGGACCAUACUGUUAUACAGCUGUUCUUCUGAGGGUGAGAUCCUUUGUAAAUCAGUGAGAGUAUUGGGACUUCAUUUCUAAAUCCUUGAUACAUCAUUUUUCAUGCAAAACAAGAAUAGAUUAUAAUUUAUUUUCAAGUUUUGACAUGUAAAUACUAGAUCUGUUAAAAAGUAUGCACCAUAUAUACACAGUAUAUACUUCCAAGGUGAUAUGCAACCACUGUUCAGCAGUAAGUAACAUGUUUACCUUUGCUUUUAAAGCUGCAACAAGCUCUGGCCCAACCCGAGUAUUUGCAAAACAAACUGUCACAGACUGGCUGCUCUCAGAUUCUGUGGUUAACAUAAGUUAAGAGACAAAAGACCUCCUGUUGGACUGUAAAUGAGGGAAAACAGCAUUCAUUGCUUCCUUCUAAAACAGUUAAUUCUAUAAAUUCAGAUGGUGAUAUUAUGCAAUACUCUGCACAGAGUGGGAGGUGGAACACACAUAUGCUCAAGUAUGUGGCAUGCUCUAUAAAAAGUAAGUGUGGGAGCCUCUGCAAUUCCUAUCUAAAUUCUUAUCUCAGUUGCCAACUUAACUUCUUCCUUGUUUGAUCCCCUCAGUCCCUCUGUCUCUCCAGCCUGUCACACCUCUGCAUGCGAAGAGGCCACCCGCACCUGAAAUACUGGUCGAAAAAAUAAAUACAGGCUCUUGCUAUUUA